GGAUUUUGAGAACACGACUGUCCUUCUCGUACCCAUUUAACAAUACCUAUCUUUCAGGCUCAUCCAGAUUAUCCAGGCAAUAUAACGAACAAAUACUUCCAGCACAACCAUCCACAAUGAAGGUAACAACCAUUAUUGGCAUCUCGGUGCUUGUGCUUAGCCAGGGUGCCCUCGCAGUUCCUGGGAUGAGCAGACGCUACGUCGACGUCUCUACCGACUUUAAGCUGACGUGCCCAAUGCCGCCUGGCGUCAAAGGACUUACUGGCAAUGAAUACCUCGGAUGGCAGAGUUCGGCAUGCCCAGGUCUUGACGGAGUCAACUGUCAGGAGCGUUGUUCAUGUGACACGAAGGGCAAUAUGAAGUGCAAAGGCUACGAUGAGUGCCCGAGCAGCAGACUCCAAGCAGCAUGUGAGGCAGGUGCUGCGGAUGAUAGGCCUGUUUCUGCUGACGGUAAGCCAGGCACGACAAUCUGGUCUUGUUGGUGCCAGAACACUGCCGGCGACAGAUUUGAUUAGAGCGUAGGACAUUCUGUAACGUGCAAUGUUGUAACUUAUGAGGAAGAGGUGUGAGGCCAUUGCGCAUCAUGUCGACGCUUCGGUAUCAAUGUCUAGCUAAAUGUAGCAGUUGAAUGCUGCAACUGACCGUCACCUUUUCCUUCUUUGAAGCAGCCCAGUGGAUGGAAAUUGAAUCAACUUUCAACCUCAGCAGUCCAUUAGCCCUUCUGAAGC